AUGAAGGCAAAACCUCCAGAAUUUCAAGGAACAGUGGACCCUACGGAGGCAGAGGCAUGGGUACUAGAGAUAGAGAAAAUAUUUGAGGUUCCAGGUUGUUCAGCAGACCAGAAGGUGGCCUUUGCAGCUUUUAGGUUCAAGGGUCAAGCAGAGCAUUGGCGGCGCAUGGUGAAGCGUCAAUAUGAGGGUAGAGAAACAGAGCUAGUGUGGAGCAAGUUUCUAGAAUUGUUUAACGAGAAAUACUUCCCUGAAGCGGUGCGAAGGCAGAAGCAAGUGGAUUUUCUCAAUCUAAAGCAAAAUGACAUGUCAGUGGCUCAGUAUGAAGCCAAGUUUGUGGAGUUGUCGAGGUAUGCCCCACAUUAG